GCAUCCUCAGACCAGAAGUUCAUCAACAACCACCCAAAAAUUCAUUCCAAAGUAUUGUCACGUACAUUUAAUUUGCACAGAUUACACAACCAAAUAGUGUUUGUUUCAUCAUAUCACUAUAAUGUGGUCGGUUUCCAAAGUUUUGGUUCUCCAGUUUAUGCUUCUUUGUAGCCUUUUAGCUACAGAAGCUGCUGUUGUUCAUCGUCACAAAUUCAUUAUUGAAGAGACUCCAUACACGAAGCUUUGCAGCAGUAAGAAGAUCUUGACGGUGAAUGGGAAGUUCCCCGGACCGGUUCUUUAUGCCACUAAAGGAGAUACAGUCAUUGUGGAUGUUUAUAACAAAGGAUCCGAAAAUAUAACCAUCCAUUGGCAUGGAGUGAAACAGCCUAGAAAUCCAUGGUCGGACGGUCCAGAGUUCAUAACUCAAUGCCCUAUUCGACCAGGAACUAAAUUCAGCCAGAGAAUAGUACUUUCUGAUGAGGAAGGCACAUUGUGGUGGCAUGCCCAUAGUGAUUGGUCUCGUGCCACUGUGCAUGGUGCCCUUUUGGUUUAUCCUAGUAAGGGAAGCCAAUUUCCUUUCCCUAAACCCUCAGCUGAAGUGCCCAUCAUAUUAGGAGAAUGGUGGAAGAGUGAUAUAUCACAAGUUCUCAGCCAGUUUCUUUCCAGUGGUGGAGAUCCAGCUGUCUCUGAUGCUUAUAUGAUCAAUGGCCAGCCAGGGGAUCGAUAUCCAUGCUCCAAAAAUGAUACAUUCAAGAUAAACGUUGAAUAUGGAAAAACGUAUCUGCUACGAAUGGUGAAUGCAGUGAUGAACAACAUCAUGUUCUUCUCAAUCGCCAACCACCAGAUCACCGUCGUCGGAUCUGACGGCAGCUAUCUAAAGCCGUUCAAGAGUGAUUACAUCGCCAUAUCUCCCGGGCAAACCAUUGACUUUUUGCUGGAAGCCAAUCAGCCCCUCAACCACUAUUACAUGGAGGCUCAGCCCUACAGCAGUGCUCCCGGGGCGGCGUUCAACCGCAACACCACCACUGCCGUCGUUGAAUACCGCGGAAACUACACUCCAUCUUCGUCACCGCUUAGGCCUACUCUCCCAGUUUUCAACGACAUCAAUUCAUCCGUUACUUUUACCGGAAAACUGAGAAGCUUAGCCGACUCGAAACACCCUGUGAAUGUUCCGCUGAACGUGACGACUAAUUUGUUGUACUCUGUUUCGAUUAAUACAUUGCCGUGCCCAGAUAAUUCAUCAUGCACAAGCCCUAUUAGGGGAAGUCGGUUUGCCGCUAGCGUGAACAACAUAAGCUUUAUUCUCCCGAAAAUUGACAUUCUUCAAGCUUACCACAAGCACAUCAAUGGAGUUUAUGGGAAACAAUUUCCUGAUUUCCCGCCGUUGAACUUCGACUUCACGGGGAGUAAUCUGUCCGUUACGCUCCGGCAGCAUGACCGGAGAACGGAAGUCAAAGUUUUGGAAUAUGGCUCAGUUGUGGAGCUUGUUUUUCAAGGAACAAAUUUGCUUUCUGGAAUCGAUCAUCCCAUGCAUUUGCACGGAUACAGUUUUUACGUGGUAGGUUGGGGUUUUGGGAAUUUCAACAGGACAAGAGAUCCCCAGACCUAUAAUCUUGUGGAUCCACCUUUGAUGAACACAAUUGCAGUUCCCAGAAACGGAUGGACAGCCAUUAGAUUCGUUGCAGAUAAUCCUGGGGUGUGGUUUAUGCAUUGUCAUUUUGAACGACAUGCAAGUUGGGGAAUGGAAAUGACAUUCAUUGUUAAAGAUGGAAAGCGAUCCAGUGAAAGAGUGUUGCCGCCUCCACCAGAUAUGCCCAAAUGUUGAAGCUAGAUUGAAUAAUAUUUAAUUAGUAAUUUUGAUUAUUUGUUACUUUAUUAUUUAUUUAAUAAUUUAAUUUAUACUGUUUAAUUUACUAAAAUAGCUUGUAAUGUCUUUGUUCAUUUGUUGUAUUAUUCCACAUUGUACUAAUAAUUUGUUGAAAUAAGCUUGUAAAGUGUAAUUACAUUUUGGUCCUCGAUAAAUAAAUAUUAUACAUUGUCUUUGCUCA